AUGUCGGAAUUACCUAAUUCUAGGAGAACGGAAAUUGAAGCCAUUCAUGCCGUCUUAAAAUCAGAGAAUGAAAGACUGAAAAAACUUUGUACUGAUCUGGAAGAGAAGCAUGAAGCCUCAGAGCUUCAAAUAAAGCAGCAAUCUACAAAUUACCGAAAUCAACUGCAACAGAAAGAGGUCGAAAUCAGCUACCGUAAAGCAAGACAGAUUGCGCUACAGGAUCAGUUGCUGACACUGCAGUCAGCCACUCAGUCAGUACAUUCAGGAGCUGGUGGUGUACCGGCAACCGCUGCAUCUUCUUCAUUCGGUUCUGGGAUCAGUCAUCAUGCCUCAGCUUUCCGUGAUGAUGACAUGGACUUUGGAGACGUUAUUUCAUUACAGCAAGAAAUAAACAGAUUGUCAAAUGAAGUUUCAAGACUCGAGUCUGAAGUUGGCUAUUGGAAGCAUAUUGCUCAGACUUCUAAAGCACAAGGAACACAUAGCUCUGAUCAAAGAGAGAUCUUCAAACUGCAAAAUGUCAUUAAGGAACUUAAACAGAACCGAAGUCAGGAAAUUGAUGACCAUCAACAUGAAAUGUCAGUAUUGCAGAAUGUACAUCAACAGAAAUUGACACAAAUGCAUCGUCAGUAUCGAGAGGAAUUAAGCUACUAUGAAGAACGAAUUGAAGAACUCAAAAACCUGUUACAAGAAGCUUAUGCUAUGAAGCAAAGUGAUUGUGUGACAGAAAAGGAUAGAAUUCUUCCACAGAGUACAUCAGUGGAAGAAGUGGUCACACUACAACAAGCACUGCCUGAUGCUGAAAAUGAUAUGAGACUGAAUAUUUUAAACCAGGAUAACAAUCUCACUGAAGACAGUGUGAACCUUAAAGUGCACAUCCAAGUUUUAGAAAAAGAUUCAUUAUUGAGCCAAGAAAAAGAAGAACUUCAGAUAUCACUUUUAAAACUGAACAAUGACUAUGAAGUAAUGAAAAGUACAGCUGCAGGAGAUAUGAGCUUGGAGUCAGAAUUACAUGACUUAUCAGAAUUACAUGACUUAAGACUUAGUUUGGAGGCAAAGGAACGAGAACUCAAUCAGAGUAUUAAUGAAAAGGAAAUACUGCUAUCCACGUUAGGAGAAUUGGACAAACAGAACGAAGAAGCUACAAAGCACAUUAUUUUGAUAAAAGAUCAGCUAUCAAAACAACAAAAUGAAGGAGAUAGCAUUAUCAGUAAACUGAAACAAGAUCUAGAUGAUGAAAAAAAGAUAGUUCAUCAACUUGAGGAUGAUAAAAUGAACCUUACUAAAGUUUUAGACAUGCAGAAAGAAAAGUUAAUUCAAAGUGAACUGGUCCUGAAUGAUUUGCAUUUAAUCAAGGAGGAGCUUGAGGAUAAAGUUGAAGAUUUAGUAGAUCAGCUAAGUAAAUCACAAAAAAAUAAUUCAAACAUCCAGAAGGAGAACCUUGAACUUAAGGAACAUAUUAGACAAAAUGAGGAAGAGCUUUCUAGAGUCAGGAAUGAGUUAACUGAGUCUCUUAAUCAAGACUCUAAUAGUACUUUUAAGGAUAACUUACUUAAAGAAAGGGAAGCUGAAGUUAGAAACUUAAAGCAAAAUCUUUCAGAAAUAGAACAGCUCAAUGAAAAUUUAGAGAAAGUUGCUUUUGAUCUGAAAAUGGAAAAUGAAAAGUUGGUUUUAACAUGUGAAGAUGUAAGGCAUCAGUUGGAAGAAUCUGUAGCUGGGAACAGUCAGAUUUCUCUGGAAAAAGACACUAUUGUGGAGACCGUAAAAAUGGAAAAAGGACAAAUAGAAGCAGAAUUGUGUCAGGGUAAAGAGAGGCUGUUGGAAGAAGCAAGCAAGUAUGAGCAAAACAUUGAAGAACUAUCAAAUGCACGUAACUCAAGCACCUCUGCCUUACAGCUGGAACAUGAGCAUUUCAUUAAACUCAGUCAAGAGAAAGACUUUGAAAUAGUAGAACUCAAAAAGAAUAUUGAGAAAAUGGAUACCGAUCAUAAAAAAAUGAAGGAAAUUUUGUCAUCUAGUGAAGAGGAGCAGAAACAACUGACAGAAGUUAUAAAGGAAAAAGAACUUUUUAUUGAAAAACUUAAAGAAAAGUGUUCAGAGCUGCAGGAGGAAUUAGAUAAAUAUUCUCAGGCCUUAAUGACAAAUGAAAAUUUAAGGCAGACCAUAGAGGAAAAGGACAGAAGUCUUGGAGCCAUGAAAGAAGAAAACAAUCAUCUGCAAGAAGAACUGGAACGACUCAGGGAACAGCACAGUCGAGCUGCACCUGUGGCUGAGCCCAAACCACUUGAUAGUAUUACAGAACUAGAAUCAGAGGUAUCUCAACUGAAUAUAAUCAAGGGUCAUCUUGAAGAGAAAAUUAAACAUCAACAGAAGAUAAUUGAAGAUCAAAACCAGAAUAAAGUGCAACUACUUCAAUCUUUACAGGAGCAGAAGAAGGAAAUGGAUGAGUUUAGAUACCAGCAUGAGCAAAUGAAUGUCACACACACCCAGCUCUUUUUAGAGAAAGAUGAGGAAAUUAAGAAUCUGCAAAAAGUAGUUGAACAAAUCAAAACCCAGUUGCAUGAAGGAAGACAGGACAUUCAAACAGAGAAUCCUGAUAUUUUACAAGAAACAAAAGUUCAGAGCCUUAAUAUAGAAAAUGGAAGUGAAAAGCAUGAUUUAUCUAAAGCUGAAACUGAAAGAUUAGUGAAAGGAAUAAAAGAACGAGAACUAGAGAUUAAACUUCUAAAUGAAAAGAAUAUAUCUCUAACUAAACAGAUCGAUCAGUUGUCCAAAGAUGAGGUUGAUAAACUAACUCAGAUUAUCCAACAGAAAGAUUUGGAGAUAGAAGCUCUUCAUGCUAGAAUUUCUUCAGCUUCCUACACCCAGGAUAUUAUGUACCUUCAACAGCAAUUGCAGGUCUAUGCUAGGGAAAGAGAACAAGUAUUAGCUGUUUUGGAUGAGAAGACUAGGGAAAAUAGCCAUCUAAAAGGAGAUUAUCAUAAAAUGAUGGAUAUAGUUGCAGCCAAAGAAGCAGCCCUCAUUAAGCUGCAAGAGGAAAACAAAAAAUUGUCCACUAGAUUUGAAAGUAGCAGCCAAGAUAUGUUUAGAGAAACUGUUCAGAAUUUAUCACGUAUCAUUCGAGAAAAAGACAUUGAAAUAGAUGCAUUAAGUCAGAAAUGUAAGACUUUAUUAGAAGUUUUACAAACAUCCAGCACUGGUAAUGAGGCUGGAGUUGUUAAUAGUAAUCAGUUUGAGGAGCUUUUACAGGAACGGGAUAAAUUAAAACAGCAAGUAAAGAAAAUGGAAGAGUGGAAACAGCAGGUGAUGACCACAGUACAAAAUAUGCAACACGAGUCUGCUCAAUUUCAGGAAGAACUUCAUGAGCUUCAGGCAGAAGUUUUGGUUGACAGUGAUACUAAUUCUAAAUUACAAGUGGACUAUACUGGCCUGAUCCAAAGUUAUGAGCAGAGUGAAACCAAACUCAGAAGUUUGGGGCAGGAAUUAGCAAAAGUUCAGUAUAACAUGGGGCAGCUUUGCAAUACUAAAGAUCUUCUUUUAGGAAAACUUGAUAUGCUUUCUUCCCAUUUCUUUUCUGGAUCAUUACUUCCUUCCCAGUCAGCACAGUCUCUUAGAGCAAGUAAAUCUGAUAUAUCAAGUGAAUCUUCUCAGUUGCUUCAACAAGAGGUAGGAGAGUUAAGGAAAUCCCUGCAGGAAAAAGAUGCAACAAUUAGAACGCUCCAUGAAAAUAAUCACAGAUUGUCUGAUUCGAUUGCUGCGACCUCAGAGCUUGAAGGAAAAGGACAUGAACAAACUGAUUCAGAAAUUAAGCAGCUAAAGGAGGAACAAGAUGUUUUACAGAAGUUACUUAAAGAAAAAGACUUCUUAAUCAAAGUUAAAAGUGAUCAAUUACUGUCUUCAAAUGAAAAUUUCACUAACAAAGUGAAUGAAAAUGAACUUUUGAGGCAGGCAGUAACAAACCUGAAGGAGAGAAUAUUAAUUUUAGAAAUGGACAUUUGUAAACUAAAAGGGGAAAAUGAAAAAAUAGUAGAAACAUCUAGGGGAAAGGAAGCAGAAUAUCAAGCAUUACAGGAGACUAAUAUGAAGAUUUCUAUGAUGCUGCGAGAGAAAGAGUUUGAGUGCCAUUCGAUGAAGGAGAAGGCUCUUGCUCUUGAGCAACUAUUGAAAGACAAUGAACAG